UUUACUGGCAGAAAGGUGCAGAGAUAAGGAAUCUUUCAGCUUAUCAAUGCUAAUCGGAGAUUCGAACGUGGAGAAGUACUUCCCCAACCACCACAAAAAAAAGAAAAGAAAAGAAAAAACUCACUUCUGUUGUCUUUGUAUUUUGACUUUCAUGUCUUUUCCUUCCUUUCCUCCAACGGAAAAUUGUAAAUAGUUCCCACCUCACAAAAACAGAGACUGCGUGGAAGAAAUGGGGACUUUGGAGGAUGAAAAAUCGCUUUUGGAAGAUGGUCUUCUUCAGACUGAAGGCUGCGGACUUUACACUGGCGACGGCUCAGUUGACAUCAAUGGGGAGCCUGUGCUGAAGAAUAAUACUGGAAACUGGAAAGCAUGCUUCUUCAUUCUAGGCACCGAAACUUGUGAACGCUUGACUUACUAUGGGAUCUCCCUUAAUCUAGUCACAUAUCUUACAAAGAAACUGCAUGAAGGAAAUGCCUCUGCAGCAAGAAAUAUAAGCAUUUGGCAAGGCACCUGCUAUCUUGUUCCCAUCAUUGGAGCCAUAUUGGCAGAUGCAUACUGGGGAAGAUAUUGGACCAUCGCAGUUUCCUCCGCGAUCUAUGUGAUAGGAAUGUGUGUUUUGGCUCUCUCAGUAUCAGUUCCGGCUUUGAGGCCGGCGGAAUGUUUUGGUUCUGUGUGUUCAUCAAGUACUGUUGCACAAUCUGCAGUAUUAUUUUUUUCACUUUAUCUGGUUGCACUAGGGACUGGUGGGAUCAAACCAUGUGUUUCACCGUUUGGUGCGGAUCAGUUUGAUGAUGCUGAUUCGAAGGAGAGGGUGAAGAAGGCAUCAUUCUUUAACUGGUAUUUUUUUACAAUUUGCAGCGGCGCUCUUAUAUCAAGUACUUUUGUGGUGUGGAUUCAAGACAAUGUUGGAUGGGGUUUAGGAUUUGGAGUUCCUGCAUUCUUUAUGGGCAUUGCUAUGGUUGUUUUCCUUUCUGGCACACCCCUGUACAGAUUUCAGAGACCGCGGGGAAGCCCUAUUACAAGAAUUUGCCAAGUUUUGGUGGCGUCUUGCCGUAAGUGGAAUCUGGAGGUGCCUACUGACAUUAGUCUCUUGUAUGGAACACAAGACAGAAGUUCUACCGUCGAAGGAAGCUCUCUAUCAGUCCACAGUGAUACACUGAAGUUCCUUGACAAAGCCGCUGUCAUUUCUGAUGCUGAGAUUCGUAAUGGGGACUUCUCCAAUCCUUGGAGGCUUUGCACUGUAAACCAAGUGGAAGAGCUAAAGACUUUAGUCCGUUUGCUUCCGAUAUUGGCUACUGGAAUACCUGUGGGCGCAGUUUAUGCUCAACUUUCCACAAUGUUUGUGGAACAAGGAAUGAUGAUGGACACUACAAUAGGUUCUUUCUCUGUUCCUGUAGCGUCUUUCGCAAGUCUGGACACCAUCGUUAUUCUUUGCUUGGUUCCCAUAUAUGAUAGAGUGAUUAUCCCAAUUGUUAGAAGAUUUACAGGCAAGGAAAAAGGCCUUUCGGCAUUGCAAAGGAUGGGAAUUGGCCUCUUUUUUCUUGUUCUGUGCAUGUCGGUGGCUGCUAUCGUGGAAGUGAAUCGACUGCGGCUUGCUCGAGAGCUUGAUUUAGUUGACAAAACAGUAGCUGUACCACUCAGUAUCUUCUGGCAAAUGCCCCAAUACUUAUUAGUGGGCAUCACAGAGAUGUUAUUCUACAUUGCGCAGUUGGAGUUGUUCUAUGAAGAGUCUCCAAAUUCCAUGAGAAGUUUAUGUAGUGCGUUAUUACUUUUAAGCUCAUCAUUAGGAUACUAUCUGAGCUCCUUUAUUCUUAUAGUAGUAACUUACUUCACAAGAAAUGCUGGCAAGAGUGGAUGGAUAACUGAUAAUCUGAAUGAAGGUCAUCUUGAUUAUUACUUUUGGCUUUUGGCAGGUCUUAGCUUCCUCAAUCUGUUGGUUUACAUAUUCUGUGCCAACAAGUUCAAACCUAAAAAGGGCUCUUGAGGUUAUCCAAAGGAGGUAUUGAUUCUGAGAACAAUAAACCUAAGAAGUUGAAGAAGGUUAAGUGUGUGAAAUCCAAAGUGUAUAUAGCUUUUUUCUUUAACGAUUUGUGAAAAUGUGUGUUUCAUUGUACUAGCCUUCUAGAUGACAAUGUCAAUAAUUAUAAA